CAGUUCUUGAAACUGUUUUUCCUGCCCAAAACAGGAGUCGCUCGCAAACAGAAAAGAAGGUCAGAGCAAUGGAAAACUUCAUCUUGCAUAUUUUUCUUAUAGUUUUCCUCAGUGGUGUGUUCCUGCUAGGAUCCGGAGAGAAAAACUCUUCAUCUGAAGGUACUGCCAAAGAGGAGAGGAAGCCUGUGCUUCUGGAAGAUGUCCCAGGUACUGCAGCCUUCAUUGAUGGAGCUGAGGUGGCAGUCAUUGGAUUCUUUCAGGAUUCAGAAAAAAAUGAAGUUUCAGAGUUCCUUACCAUGGUAGAAAAUAUGCCAGAUGUACCAUUUGGGAUCUGCACCAAUUCUCAAGUUCUUUCUCAUUAUAAUAUCACCAGAAAUACCAUCUCCCUCUUUCGCAUGGUGGAUAACAAAAGGCAAGAUUUGGAAAUUGAAGACAGUAACAAAAUCGAUAUUGCAAAGUUGAGUCGUUUUGUCCGGAUGAAUGAACUCCGUUGGGUGACUGAAUACAACCCCAUGACUGCAGUAGGCCUCUUUAAUAGUGCUGUUCAGACCCAUCUUCUACUGUUCAGUGACAAAACUUCUCCGCUGCACACUGAGAGGAUUAACAAGUACCGUGAAGCAGCAGUAGCCUUUCAAGGCAAAGUUCUUUUUAUCCUGGUGGACAUCAGUGUCAAGGAUAAUGAUCGGGUCCUGUCUUAUUUUCACUUAACGAAGUCCCAGUUGCCUGCACUGGCUGCCUACUACACUGCAGACGAGGAGCAGGAUGUGCUGCCUCUGGAUGAAGUCUCUCUAGACAGAAUAAAGGAUUUUUGUAAUGCUUUCUUGGAGAGAAAGGAAGGAGUGAAAAAAAAACCCUAAACCAGAGGACAAACUCUUCAGAGAGGAACUCUGACUUCUUUCCAGCUCUACAACAGAAAUAUGUUGACUGUAAUUACUGUAAUCAACAAUAACCUAUCAGAAUGUCUCCCCUGUACCAGGUUGCCAUAUUAUAUCAGAUUACGGUUCUGUUUUGGAACCAAUUUCCAUAUAUGUGUGGACUGCUUUCUUAAACCAUUUGUUCUUUCACUCUGAUUUUGGAGACACUACACACUUUUUGCAUUAUACUCUUGGUGGCUGAAUAAAUGAAAUUGAGUUUAUAUAUUAAACAAAAAUCUCAUAUUCCCAGAGUACAUACUGGAGGAAUGUUCUGAAAUAUGCAACGGUAGAAGCAGGCAAUAGCUUUUUACACAGUACUUAAUAUAGCUUGGAUUUCUGUUUGUCUUGUAUACAUUUAUCUCAAUGUUUUUUUUCCUCUGAUAAACAGAUUUUUCAGAUUUUGGUUUAUGCCAUAAACCUGUCUGAACUGAGAUAGCAACAGGAUCAACUAAUAUGCAUAUAUGAUAGAAAAUUGUGCCUCUCACAAAUUGUUUAAAACUUCCUCAAAAAUGGUUGAGGAAGAGGUGUGGGUUCAGAUGUCUCCUGUUUAAGAAAGUGAAGAACUUUUACAGAAACUUCUCAUGAUGAGGAAUCUCUUAAGCCUUUCCUGUGAGUUUAGUUUUUGUAUGAAAUAAACAAAUCAAAGAAA